GCACCUCAACCCCAUCCACGACCACGAUCACACACACACGCAACCCCUUGCACGACACUGACAGUCUCACCAACACAACUUUACGAGACCCUCACACAGUUGAUCUGCGCUCAAUCUGAUGACAUGCCAGAACCGACCGACAUUCCUUCGUUCGCUGCGUCCCAGCUCAACUUGCUCGACGCCGAGCUAAAAGCCGAGCUUUCGGAAACAAACGCUCUCCUCUCGUCACACACCCCGACCGCCCUGGCACGGGCCGGCCUCGCCAUCCUUAACCUUAAUGUUUCCUCUAUACGUACGGGUCUGGGCGGCAAAACAGUCGUCGAACUUGGCCUCGAUCCCGCCGUCGUGACCAAAGGAGACAAGGCCGACAUACCUGAACACGGCAUCAGAGUCGGCGACAUCGUCGCAUUGCAGGAUCAGCCAGCCGGCAGCGCGAAGAAGACGGAAAAGAGAGAGCUCGCUGUCAAGGGAGUCGAGGGUGUUGUAUUAAGGGUUAAACGAGAAGUCGUCGAAAUCCUGCUAAAUAAGGAGGAUGCAGACGUGCCAAGUACUGGCAAACUAUGGCUUGUCAAGCUGGCCAACGACGUUACGUACAAAAGGAUGAACCAAACAAUGUCUCGUAUGCAAAAAUUGGAAGAUCAUGAAUACACGCCCUUCAUGCGCGUCCUGUUCGGUCAAGACUCCCCUUCGCCUCUGCCGCCUGACCUGAACGACCCGUCUAACCCACUCCAUAAUCUUGAAUGGAAUGACCCAUCCUUGAACGACAGCCAAAAGGAAGCUAUCAGGUUUGCUCUAGCUUCUCGCGAGAUCUCCCUUAUCCAUGGUCCUCCAGGGACUGGUAAAACUCAUACUCUCAUUGAAUUGAUACUGCAAAUGCUCAAGCAAAAGCUUCGUCUGUUGGUUUGUGGUCCAUCCAACAUAUCCGUGGACAAUAUUGUUGAACGUCUUGCUGCUCACAAGGUCUCAAUGAUACGCUUGGGUCAUCCAGCACGGCUUUUACCUUCAGUCUUGAACCAUUCCCUCGACGUGCUUACCAAAACGUCGGAUGCCGCAGCACUCGUCCGGGAUGUCCGGAAAGAGAUGGACGACAAGCAGUCGUCGAUCCGCAAGACCAGAAAUGCGAGAGAGAGAAGGCAGGUAUAUGCCGAUCUCAAGGAGCUGCGGAAAGAAUACAGGGAACGAGAGAAGGGCUGUGUCAACAAUUUGGUACACGGAAGUAAAGUUGUGCUCGCAACAUUACACGGGGCUGGUGGAUUUCACCUGAGAGGUCAAGAGUUUGACGUAGUGAUUGUCGAUGAAGCCAGCCAAGCGCUCGAAGCUCAAUGCUGGGUGCCGCUACUAUGGGUCAAGGCGUCCAAGUUGGUACUUGCGGGUGACCAUCUCCAACUGCCACCAACCAUCAAAUCGCUGAAUUCCAAACAUGCUAAGCCAGCCCAGCAGAGCAAGCAAGAUGCUAUCAAGAGCACCGGGGAAGAAGACAACAAGGCUGGAUCAUCGGUAAAGCGGGCGGCAGCGAGCACGACGUUGGAGACGACCCUCUUUGACCGGCUCUUGGAGCUUCAUGGCCCAUCUAUCAAACGCAUGCUAACGACGCAAUACCGCAUGCAUGAGACGAUUAUGCGAUUCCCCUCUAAUGAAUUGUAUGAGUCGAAACUCAUAGCUGCGGAUUUUGUCAAGGAUAGGUUACUCAAAGAUUUGCCUUACCAGAUUGAAGACACGGACGAUACGCGCGAAGCGGUCGUGUUCUUUGACACACAGGGCGGAGACUUUGGCGAGAAGACGGAAGAUGAAGAGAUGAAGAAAGGCGGCAAGAAGGUGAGUCUCGGGGAUAGUAAAUGCAACCAAGCGGAGGCAGCAUUGGUUGCAAUGCACGUCAACAAACUGGUAAAGGCUGGUGUCAAGGCAGAAGACAUAGCGGUGGUGACUCCCUACAAUGCUCAGGUAAGGCGGAUCUCCCCAAUGCACGACAUCGUUCCCGCAUGA